AUGCGCUUCAGUCUCACGUCUUUGGUCCCUGGUCUGGACUUCAGCUCCAGCUCCAAGCGCCCUCAAGACAAUUCUCAAAGCAGGCUUCGCAAGACACCGCCUGCACCCAUCAUCGUUAACGAUCUCAAGAGUCGCAAGUGUCCCAGCAAGCAGGAUCCCAAUCUACCCACAAUACUGUCCAUUGCCUACGAGGAGUUCCGAGCUCGCUUCGCCCGCCAGCGCAAGAAAAAGGUUCUGGGGUGGGCAGAGGUGUCUCACGAGGUCGUUGCGUCACAAACAGCCGCGCGUUUGCUACCAAGCCUCAACGUUAUCUCUGGUAUCUGCACCAUCAUCGAAACGCUGCCCAAGCUACCUCAGCGGUUGCUUACGCCCGAAACUACGACGGAUAGUGGAGAAGGUUGGCUCAAAGUAGUUGAGCGUGCCUGCGGCAAUGACAACUCCGCAAUCGUCGCCCUCAUCCAGCGCGAAAAUGCUGUCUCGCCCAGCGGUGCCAACUCUGACGAGGAGGUUGAAGACUAUAAAUCAUCCACGCCUAAGUCGGACGGUUCGGUAACCUCUUCUUUAACAAGCGCGGGCUCUGAUAACCAAGCGCUUGAUCGCGCGGACUGGGAACCACUCCGUGCGCUUGAUCAUUCGAACUUCCAGAAAACCCUCUGGCAACAUCUCAACCCCUCCUCCGAAUACUACGCAGAAGACUACAUUUUCUGCGGCGAAUAUGAGGGUGGCUACAACUUCGUCCGCAUAUAUCGGGUUACCAAUAGCCUUAACGACGGUGAAUACGUGGUUAAGAUUCCUUGCGUCGGCACUGCCGCUCGCUGGCAGAAGCAGGAUGCGUACAUGCUUCGUUCGGAGUUUGGCACUAUUAAGUUUAUUGGCGAGCGCACCAAGUGUCCCGUCCCUGAGGUUGUGGCCUACAACGACAAGCUGGAUAACACGCUAGGUGCGCCUUACAUCUUGAUGAAGGCCUGCACAGGCAGAUCCGCCUCUGAAGUCUGGCACGACGCUCACCCCAUUCAUAAAGACUGGGAUCGGGACACAGUCGACUUUCCUUCCAAGGAACUGGCGUCAAAGCGCGAGCGCAUACUUCGUUCACUGGCCCAAGCCAUGGCCGAGCUGCGUCAUCUCGAGUUCGACAAGAUUGGCGCGUUGGACUUUGACACUGUUGACGCAAACGGAACGCCUGCUAUUGGUUCGCUUUGGGAGUGGAAUAUCGACCCAGAUCUGACCGCCGAAGAUAUGGCCACGGAGAAGGCUCUUACUGAGAAGCCAGUGUACGACUCAAGCCUGGCGCGCUUCAUGGAUGAGCUGCUUGAUGUCUGGCCGUUCGAGGGACAUGAAGGAAGGCCCGGCGUCUAUCAUGGAGUCCUGGAUGCACUAUUCCGAAGCGAGGCUUUCGCAAAAUCUGUUAAGCAUAGUGAUAACGAAGAGUCUUUCGUCCUUCGCCAUGACGACCUCAACCUUCAGAACGUCUUCUGCGACCCCGAUACCGGCGAGGUGACAGGCAUCAUCGACUGGGAGCGCGCUUCCACCGCCCCACGCUGCCUUGGCUAUUCUUCUCUUCCAAAAUUCUUGACAUUAGACUGGAUGCCAGAGUACGAUGUUUUGGAUGCGCCGCACUCUCCUUUGUCGCUACAAAUGUACCGCGAGAUCUACGCCGACGCGAUGAUUGAAGCCACGGGAGUAGGCGGUGACGGCAUUUAUACGUCCAAGUCUGCGAUGUACCAGGCCGCGCACGCAGCGUUGUUUGGUAGUAGUGAAGGUGGCGACCUUCGUGACUUUGUUCGAAAGUUAUUGCAUGAGGUGCCUGGACUGCACCACACGGACCUUGACUUGUAUCUGACUUGGCUCGGCGAGCACUGGGAGGCGGUCGGCAGCUCCGUCAAAGAGGCUAUAGUGAAGGUUGCGAAACCGGUAGUUCGGACGAUCGACGACUGCGAGACGCAGUGA